UGCAGAACGGACUCCCCCAGCGCGCGGCGGCUGGAGCGCGCCCGGGGCGCCGGAGAGGCGGGGCCGGCGGCGGAAGCUGCGCGCCGGUCACGCGCGACAACUCGGCCGGGCGCCGUGCUAUCUGCCGCUGCUCCGUGCGCUCAGGUCGGUUCCCCUCCCAAGCUGCGGAGCGGCCGGCGCAGCCGCUGUCCCAAAAGCCGGGACCGGGGCAGCGUCGCCGCCGGUCGCCCCUCGCUCCCCGUUCCUGCCGCUCGCAGAUGCUACUCCCGGCGGGCCUCGUGGGGCAGCCGGGGGCCUCCGGGGCUCUCGCCGAGACCCUCGCUUUACUCUUGGCCCACGUGGCCCUGGGACAGUCCACGGCGGACGCGCACACGGAGACCCAGCGGCGGCUUCCAGCCCCGAACACGCGCUACCGCGGCGGGUCUAUUGGCGACCCCUAAAGUGCCAACGGUGGUGCGCGCACACGAGGCAGGUGACCCGGCGGAACGGUCCGGAGCCGCCUCGCUCCCCGCGGGUGGAGAGGCAGGUUUUUGGUCUAUUGCCGGAAGUAGUCGAAUGGUGACCGAAAGAAUGGGCGGACUAGGAUCGCAUUCUCUCAAACCACAAGAAAAAUCAUGUCUUCCUCUAGACUGGGACUCCGUUUGGCUGCCUGUUUACUAAACAUUUCUGAAGCCAGAAGAAAAUACAUUGUUGAGAACAUAGCAAGAGCAGCUCUUCUUGAAAAAAAAGGGCAGCACCAUCCUGAAGUAUCAGUGCUCAAUAUAUUUUCUGAUCAAGACUACAACAGAUCAGUCAUUACCAUAGCAGCUUCUGUUGAUAAAUUAGGCGAUUCUGUUCUGGCUGCUUGCAGUGAGGCCUUUGAGUCUAUUGACAUGGAGGAUCACGAAGGGAUCCACCCUUGCCUGGGAGCAGUAGACCUGAUCCCUAUUUACCCUCGCUCUCGUGUUGGAAUGGAAGAGUGUGGAGCUGUGGCCAGAUGGAAUAAAUUCACUACCACAUGUCUGAGGGCCCUAACGCAUGGCUGGCAGAGGCCUGAGAGGAAGUCGGCUCCUUCACUGUGCAUGAGCACUUCGAGCUUCCCCUGGGCCCGAGUAUGCAGAUUUCCAGUACUCCUCCUGCACAGGAGCCAGAUACUAAGAAAAUAUCCUCCAAAGUGGUCUUACUGCGUUGGCUCUUCCCCCACAGCAGUGUAUGAAGAAAGGAGGGUACUUCUUUCCUCGCAAGAUCACCUACAUCACCUUUGAUGUUUACAAUUUUCAGUUUGUCUCCAAUAUGUCUGAAGAAAAGCAGCGCCCAGAGAGUCUGCCCAUCAGUCCUGGUCCUGCGAGGAACUCAGGAACAGCUCAGCAGCUGACCCUUGAUGGACACCUAGUGUUACUAAGAACAAAACUGAGUUGUUGAAAGCCAUGGAAACAUUUGGGAUCCUUUGUUACUGCAGCAUAACCUGCUUCUUGUGACUGAUAAAUAUCCUUUCAUUUGUAGGUCCCUACAAUAAAAUACUCUAACAUGGAACACUAAAUAUAGGAAACAUAUCCCUAAAAGUAGCCAGUACAGCUUGCCCACUAAUGUCUAUCUACCAAGUUAACAUAGGAUCUUAAAAUGAGAGAAAUGGCAGAAAUAUUAGAGCUCUUCUAAUCAAGUACUUUCAUUUUGCAGGUAAGUUAACCGAGGCUCAGAGAUGUUCAGGGACACAUUUUAAGUCAGACAGCUGUUUGGUGGAAGAAUGUGGUCCAGACAAGAGGAAGCCAGGCUCCUACUCGCAUCCCCUGUCAACCACACCUCCUGAGGGUUUCAGCUCAGUUAGCACUGGGGGAAAGAUAAGAGAAGACUCUAAAGUAAAAUUUUUCUGUCAUUUUAUUUAAAAUUUUUCUGAAAACCUUCAACAUAUUAAACUUCCAUUUGCCCAAUUUCAACAAUUGUCUCCCAUGCCCUGGACUGUUGCUUCAUAUUAAGGAGACUUUAACAUUACCAAAACGAAAUGCAUAUUUAGAGAAGAAAAUACACCAUAAAAGACAAAAAUAAGAGUUUUUUCUGGUAGGCCCUGUUCCAAAAUACCCACAUUCAUGACUAUUUGUUUACCAUACAGUUUAGAGUUAACUGUGUGCAACUGUUUUCCUGAAUUAAUCAUGUCUAAUUUUAUGUUAGAACAUGUGAAGGGCUCCACUCACUUCAUGGAUAACAGGCUUUCACAUUUUGUAAUUUAUUACUUCUUAAUAAUAGCGGACUUGGAUACUUACAUAAUGCUUACCAACACUAAAGUUCUGUUCAAAGUGCUUUGUAUCUUUUCACACACUUAGCCCCCACAGCAGACAUGUAGUGUGAUGUAUCAUUACCAUUCCCAAUUUACAGAUGAGAAAACUGAAGCACAGAAAAGUUAAGCAACUUACCCAAGGUUAUGCAGUUAGGGGCAAACUGGGACAGAACUGGGAUUUGCGCCUAGGCCAUCUGGGUACAUUGCUCCUAGGGUGACUUGUAAUACUGAUAAAGUUACAAUAGGACAAAAACAAUCAUGUAAUUAUCCAUUAAUGGCUUCGUGCAGGUACUACUGCUAUUACUUUAGGUGUAUUUGUGAUCCCUACAAUAUGUAUCACAACAGCUUAGGAAGUGGAAGCUUGAAGACAUGAAGAGACUUGUCCGAGGGCACAUCCAUAGUAAACUUGGGGUUCAAUGCUAGACUAGACACCAAAGCCGGUCUCCCUUCCCUUUGCCUUGCUGCUUUUCUUUUCAUGUCAUCUCUAUGAAAAAGCAGUGUGACAUGGUAAAGGCAUUGUUUUACUACUUUAGGAAUCAAAUACACUAAGAACAAUAAUAAUGAGCCUCCCAGGAUAGUAGAUGGCAACCUUCUCUUCAAGCGAGUGAUGUAGGGAAGACAGGCAUUGGAUGGUGUUUGGACCAGGGCCCCACGAACGUUUACUUUCACCCCACAUCUCUAAGAUGAUGAGGAGGCUACAAUCUUCACAAUUGUUCUUUAGAAGGGUUGCAACUGCUUCCCUCUUUUUAGAAUGAGAAGUAGGGAGGACAUGAUAGUGCUCAGACUGCCUAACCCUGAGGUCGCUUGUGGGGCUGGUGGUAAAACUAGGGUCCUUUUACUCAGAUAUCAUGUUCUGUAUGAUGGGUUUCACAGUUCUGACUAUGUGAGAAUGUCUUUCGCAGAGAUUUCCAAAGCCUAACCUGAACUUUCUCCCACUAAAAGUGUUGAGAUUGUUUUUAAAAGAGAGGUACUUGGAAAAAAUUAUUUUAAGUUGUGUGUUUUAAUUUUUAAUUAAUGGCAGCUAAGGAAGUGGUUACAAAAGGACAUGGACUCACUCUGUAAAUUGUUGCUUAUUUAAACUCGAAGCCACAGCCACACAUUUCCUAAGUCCUCCCAUUUGUGAGCAGGGUUGUAGGAAGAUUCCACCCUUGUCCUCCUACCCUCUACCUCUGGGAUGGGAGGGGGUGGGAAAAUUGUAAGGUGCCAGAUGUUCCUUGGAAAACAACUUGUGUUAGUUAAGGUAUGGUUUAAAAUGAUGGCUUAAAAAAGAUAGAAGUUAUUUCUUUCUUCAUAUGAGUCCAGGCAUUGCUAUGUUGGUCUGCUGGGGUGUGAGGACAAUGGUGUCAGAUACUUAGCUCCUUUCAUUGGCAGCUGCCCUGCCCCUAGGAGGCCGCCUUUACCCUUUCAUCCAAGGCGGCUGACCACCAUUCCCACAGUUCAGCCCAGGGAAAUGCAGAAAAGCAGCAAGGAGAAAGUAUACCAUUUCCCUUUUGAGACAUGUUCUGAAAGUUGCAUUUAUUCCCUCCUCUCCCUUUUACCAUGAUUUAGCCACAUGGUCACAUUCAACUCCAAAAGAGCUGGAAUUGGGUUCUGUAUCCUGGGUGCAUAAAUGCUGAGAGACAAAUGUAAUCACCACAGGAGCAGAUAUUUGGGUGCUAUCGGCUUUGCUCCCUCUUCGGCUUUAUGUCACCACCACCCGGGAGGUCUCGAGCCCCUGCUCUAUCACAGCCAUGGCCAAGCCAUUAUUGCUCUUGCCUGUGGGGUACUUAAGCAUCCCUUUCGUAAAGUUACCACCCUUGUAUGAAGGCCUGCAUAGUCUAGUCUUGCAGGAGUGGUAGAUCCGAGGAAGACUGUCCAACAACUACUAGUAAUUGAUAAAUAACUUAAAUCGUUAACUUCCUUUUCUUGAUAGAUCUAUCCCAUCACAAUCCACAGUAGUGGUUUUAAAUUCCCUUUUCCCUUCUUGAUUCUUUAUCCUUGAACGCUGCUCUCAGAAAAAGAAAGAAGCCCAAGUAAGCUUCUAACUUACUAGAAACUAUUUCCCUUCCCCAAAAAGCCUUUUGAUCUUUAGUACCAAAUGGAUUUUCUCUCUCUCCCAUCUCUCAUUUUUAAAUUAUGUUUUUCAAUUGAGUCUACCUCCCUGUAAGCAAGAAUCUCUCUGCCUGAAAGGCAAUAAGCCAAGGAGAAGGUAAAUUUCAGGUUUUUUUCAUAUCCAGUCAAUGAGGAGAGUAAUAAAAGAAUGCCUACCCUGUUGGUCUUGAUGUGUGCUUUCUGAUCCAUUUUCCACACAGAGGUAGCCAAAUAGUAAAGAGACUUUUUAUUGAUGAAUAAUUGACAUACAAUGUUAUCUUAG